UGCACCUCCUCCUCCGCCUGACGACUCACCCGCCCUAGUUGCCAGUCGCUGACAGCCGCAGAGCAGAGAGCGUCUUCUUUUUCGCAGAGGCAGGACUUCUGAAUAUAUUUGAAAACCAAACAGUUUCAACCAAGUCGAAGCAUCUGUCUUCACAGAGACACAAAUCCGACUUAAGCUGAAUCACAGCAGAUAUAAGUCAUCAUGGUGAAAAGCCACAUAGGCAGCUGGAUCCUAGUUCUCUUUGUGGCCAUGUGGAGUGACGUGGGCCUCUGCAAGAAGCGACCAAAACCUGGAGGAGGAUGGAACACUGGGGGGAGCCGAUACCCGGGACAGGGAAGUCCUGGAGGCAACCGCUAUCCACCUCAGGGAGGGGGUGGCUGGGGUCAGCCCCAUGGAGGUGGCUGGGGCCAACCUCAUGGAGGUGGCUGGGGUCAGCCCCAUGGUGGUGGCUGGGGGCAGCCACAUGGUGGUGGAGGCUGGGGUCAAAGUGGUACCCACAGUCAGUGGAACAAGCCCAGUAAACCAAAAACCAACAUGAAGCAUGUGGCAGGAGCUGCUGCCGCUGGAGCAGUGGUAGGGGGCCUUGGUGGCUACAUGCUGGGAAGUGCCAUGAGCAGACCUCUUAUACAUUUUGGCAACGACUAUGAGGACCGUUACUAUCGUGAAAACAUGUACCGUUACCCCAACCAAGUGUACUACCGGCCAGUGGAUCAGUAUAAUAACCAGAACACCUUUGUGCAUGACUGUGUCAACAUUACAGUCAAGCAACACACAGUCACCACCACCACCAAGGGGGAGAACUUCACCGAAACUGACAUUAAGAUGAUGGAGCGAGUUGUGGAGCAAAUGUGCAUCACCCAGUACCAGAGAGAAUCCCAGGCUUAUUACCAAAGAGGGGCAAGUGUGAUCCUCUUCUCCUCCCCUCCUGUGAUCCUCCUCAUCUCUUUCCUCAUUUUUCUCAUAGUAGGAUAGGGGCAACCUUCCUGUUUUCAUUAUCUUCUUAAUCUUUACCAGGUUGGGGGAGGGAGUAUCUACCUGCAGCCCUGUAGUGGUGGUGUCUCAUUUCUUGCUUCUCUCUUUGUUACCUGUAUGCUAAUACCCCUGGCACUUACAGCACUGGGAAAUGAAGAGCAGACAUGAGAUGCUGUUUAUUCAAGUCCUAUUAGUUCAGUAUGCUAAUGCCCCAUCUUAGCAGUGAUUUUGUAGCAAUUUUCUCAUCUGUUUCAAGAACACCUGACUAUAUUUCCCUUUUGGAAUAGCGUUUCUGCCAAGUCUGGAAGGAGGCCACAUAAUAUUCAUUCAAAAAAACAAAACUGGAAAUCCUUAGUUCAUAGACCCAGGCUCCACCCGGCUGAGAGCAUGUGUCCUGUGUCUGCAGAGAACUGUAAAGGAUAUUCUGCAUUUUGCAGGUUACAUUUGCAGGUAACACAGCCAGCUAUUGCAUCAAGAAUGGAUAUUCAUGCAACCUUUGACUUAUGUGCAGAGGACAUUUUCACAAGGAAUGAACAUAACAAUACAAAAGGCUUCUGAGACUAGAAAAUUCCAACAUAUGGGAGAGGUACCCUUGGUGGCAGCCUUCUAUUUUGUAUGUUUAAAGCACCUUCAAGUGGUAUUCCUUUCUUUAGUAACAUAAAGUAUAGAUAAUUAAGGUACCUUAUUAAACUACCUUCUAGACA